ACUGGUGCCUCGUACUCUGAGCGCCUGGUACGCAGGAGGGAACUUUGGCUCCCUUGUCUGCGGCUCCUGGCUUCGAGGGCCUCCCCCGCCUCUGCGGGCAGCCCCUCACGCACAUCAAAGGCAGGACUCGGCCGUGUGAUCCUGCAAAUGCAUCAGCCGGUGUUCUUUUGGAGGAGCAAGAAGAGUGAGCAGAGGGCUUGAGAGGAGGUUUGCACAGGUUCAUGGGAGCCCUUGUUUGAUGAAAAUGCCCCGGGUGGGCUAGUGAUGGUGGAAAUGUGUUUGUAGGUCUUGAGGGAAAGCAGAAGUGGGACUACUAGCAGGAGUAUUUGAGAAGAGGAGAUAUCUAGCCUGUAGAGGGGACCACGCUGGAGCAGAUAUCCACCCUGCAGCCUGUGGAGGACCCCAUGAUGCAGCAAGUGGGCAUGGCCUCAGUCCUGUGCAUUCACUGUGGAGCAAGUUGUUCAGCUCUUUGAUUGUAAACCAAAGCACGUUGGAACACAGGAAUAGCACUGAGUCAUCUGGGGUAACACUGGGUGGAAGAACAGUGGUGUUAGGGACAGGUUGUAAUAUUUUAUGACAUUUGAAGAGCAAACAGCACCAGGGCUUCAUGAAUUGCAAAACCACAGGAAGCGUGGCAGCCCCCCCUACCUCCAGCUUCCGUUCCUUACUGUGACAUUCUUCUCAGGAUCUUUGGUUUCAUCCCCUCUGGGUGCGCAGUGGCCUGCCUCAGCAUCAGAGCAGAGGAAGCAAUUUGUGGAUCAGGGAGAGCCAUGGCCUUGAGCUUGUAUGUCUUUCACCUCUUCUAUAAGUUCAAAGUGUUGGUGCUUGUCACUUUGUGUCUGAUGGUGCUAUGGGCCACAUUCAGUUACUUUGUGGACUCCAGACAGGAAAUUUCUAAAGCUAAGAGCAUGGUGGAAAAUUUCAGAAAGGUAAUUAGCCUGGAGGACGGUCAAAAGGAAGAGAAGAUGGAAUCAAUUGCAAAAGUUCCCACAGUGAAGUCAUUUCAGGGUCACUGCCCAGCUCUGUCUCCAUACCUGCGAGGUGCCAGCAAACUCUCCUUCAAAGCAUCUCUCACACUUGAAGAAGUUCAAAAGGAGAACCCUCAGGUAGCCAAGGGCCGGUAUCACCCUACAGAGUGCUCAGCAUUGCAGCAUGUGGCCAUCCUCAUCCCACACCGCAAUCGAGAGAAGCAUCUGCUGUACCUCCUGGAGCACCUCCACCCCUUCCUACAGAGGCAGCAGCUGGACUAUGGCAUCUAUGUUAUCCACCAGGCUGGCAGCACCAAAUUUAAUCGAGCUAAACUGCUGAAUGUAGGAUACCUAGAGGCCCUAAAAGAAGCAAACUGGGACUGUUUCAUUUUCCAUGAUGUGGAUCUGGUGCCAGAAAAUGACUUUAACAUUUACAUGUGUGACAGACAACCAAAGCACCUUGUAGUUGGCAGGAACAAUACUGGAUACAGGUUACGGUACCAGGGAUAUUUUGGAGGAGUAACUGCCCUAACAAGAGAUCAGUUUUCCAAGGUGAAUGGAUUCUCUAACAACUACUGGGGUUGGGGUGGAGAAGAUGACGACCUUCGAAUCAGGGUUGAGAUGCAGAAGAUGAGAGUGGUGAGGCCGUCUGCUGAUGUAGCCAGGUACACAAUGAUCUUCCACAAACGAGACCAGGGUAAUGAGGAGAAUAGAGAGAGGAUGAAGCUUCUACGUCAGGUAUCUAGAACGUGGAAAACAGAUGGGCUGAACUCUUGUUCAUAUAAACUGCUCUCGGUGGAACAUAACCCUUUAUACAUCAACAUCACAGUGGAUUUUGGCACAGAGCCGAAGAUCUCCUAAGGGUGAACACCACACAGGUUAUAGGAAAUGGCAACAGAUUGAUUUGUGGUCGCUGUUACAACAGAUGUCUCCUGCCACUCUGCUUGAAAGAGUUUUUCUUCACAGUGUCUAAUUGAUUGGUUGAAAAUUUCCUUUUGUGAGGAUUGGAGCUAGGGACUGACCAGGGGACAGGUCAUCCUGUUCUGUGUGCUUCCUGCUGGGACAUCGUGCAAAAGUGUCCUUGCUUGGGCUGGUCCGGUGGAAGGACUUGAACCAAGUCUCCUGAAAAAAAUUCUGUUCUUGCAAAUAUUCUUAAACUUCUUAUUUGUUGUAGGGGGAAGGCAGCCUAGCACUGCCAACACUGCUAUAACUUCAAGAGGAACAGGCCAGUCUUUUCUUAUUAAAAGCACAAAAAUUCUUCACCAACUACACCCUUGCCAAGAAAAGCCAAUUUUUUCCAGCCUGAGGAAAAACUGCUUGUGUGUGAGGGAAGGGCAAUAAUGGCAAUUGGUGAGGAGAUGUUAAAAAAUCUCUCAAUAAAUACAUUCCAUUGA